AUAAAUGGUGAUAAAUCAUAAUACAUAAGGAAAUUGUCCACAAUUGUAGUAGUAAUUUUUUUGGAGAAGUUAUCGUGAAGAUUUAUUUUAUAAGAACGUAAUUUGUGUAAAAAUAACAUUAUUAUCAAGUAAAGAGUUAAAAACAGUGUGUUUGUAUCUGUUUGAAAGAAAAUUAUUGAACAAGCAUAAAAUGCCACUCAAGGAACGCAAUAUUGCCAUGAUGGGGUACAGCUCUGUGGGCAAAUCUUCGCUAUGCAUACAAUUUGUUGAGGGUCAAUUUGUGGACUCCUACGAUCCAACAAUUGAAAACACCUUUACAAAAAUAGCUCGAGUCAAUUCGCAGGACUACGAUGUGAAAGUAGUUGAUACAGCUGGUCAGGAUGAGUACAGCAUAUUCCCUGUGCAAUAUAGCAUGGAUUUCCAUGGAUAUGUGCUUGUCUAUUCAAUAACAAGUCAAAAGUCGUUUGAAGUAAUCAAAAUCAUUUACGAAAAAUUAUUAGAUGUAAUGGGGAAGAAAUAUGUACCUGUUGUAUUAGUUGGAAAUAAAACCGAUUUACAUCAAGAGCGUAUGGUGUCUACAGAAGAGGGGCGUAAAUUAGCUGAAUCAUGGCGGGCUAUAUUUUUGGAAACAUCAGCUAAGCAAAAUGAGUCUGUUGCUGAUAUAUUUCAUCGACUUCUCAUAUCUAUUGAAAGUGAAAAUGGCAAUCCACAAGAAAAGAGCAAUUGCUUUAUUUCGUGAGAGCCCAAUUCAGACAUAAAUAACUGGUCACAACAACAACAACAACGCCCAAUUCCAAUUCCCACUGCAGCAUUCAUCCACAACAUAGCAGAACCAUUAACUGUUACACCUAAAACAAUAAAUAAGAGCAUAUCACAGUUGAUCAGUGCAAAAGUACUACGGAAGAGGGCGCAUGGAAAGCUGCGGUGCAUUGUAGGCGUGGUCGUAGUCGUGGUCGGAAGCGCGUGUAUGUGUGAUCUAUAUGAAUGUGUAGGUGAGAAUGUUUGUGUGAACUUUUCUUAUGUCCCCCAGAAUAGAUGCCAAAUCUGAUGUUCGGCACUAUAGAAACAAAACAUCAUUCAUAAGUAAAUAGGUAAAUGCGUGAAUUUCACUGCAUCUAUAGGCGUUGUAGAUUGAAAGCUUAAUGUAAUGAAAGUUAUCACAUUAAAAAAUAAACCUUAUUCCUUAAAAAUGUCAACUUAAUUGAAUACAUGCACAUAAAAUUUAGCAUUGCUUUAAUUAGGAGACUAACUUCACUUUGUUUUAUUCUAAAAUGAAUACAUACAUUUUUUUUCAAAUCUUAGUCUCUUAUAUAAUUUAUUCAAUGUGUAUGUUUGAUGGCAACAAAUAAAAUUUACCCAAAAGAUUUUUUAGGGUAAUGUGAAUGCAAUAAGGAAUAAAAGAAUUAAGCAUAGAAAUAAAGGAAUCAUGAAAGGACAUACAAAAUAUAUGCAAUAAAAUUUAUUACUAUA